AUUGCUGAUGCCCUGUAGCUUGACCCAUGCGAUGCGAGCGACGAAUGAGAACCCACCGCUCAGCUGACUGCUCUGGUUGGCGGCCCGCGGCCGGUCCUGAUGAUCUCGCCGGCCGGCCGGCCCGGCGGUUAUAAAGCCGGCGAGCGCCAGCGGGGGAAGGCUUUUCCUUCCUACACGGCCGCGCCGCGCACCCCGCCCACGCACGGCACGCCUCCCCGCAGCCCCACCCCACUCCCCCGCUCCCUUAGCGAGGCGAGGUGGGGUUAUGGGUCGCGCCCACCUCCCCCUCCUCCUCCACUCCUCAACCGCCGCCGCCUUAUUACCCGGCCGCCCCCGCCCCGACUCCUCCUCCCUCUAGCCGGCACCAAUCGUUCGUCCAGUCCGACAAUCGAGCUCCCCAACCACCGGCACGCCUUCCUCUCCAAAGAGCGCGGCUUCAAUGGCUUGUUCGCGGUCGCGCCUGCUCGGCUCGCCGGCCUCGAUCGCGGUCCUCAUCCUUUCCUUCUUCCAAGGGUCGGUGUGCGGCAUCACCUUCACCUUCACCAACCGGUGCCCCGACACGGUGUGGCCGGGCCUGCUGUCGGGCUCGGGGACGCCGCCACUCGAGACCACGGGCUUCGCGCUCGCGCCGGGGCAGUCGCGCUCGCUGCCCGCGCCGCAGGGGUGGUCGGGCCGCUUCUGGGGCCGCUCCGGCUGCGACUUCGACGCCUCCGGCAAGGGCUCCUGCGCCACGGGCGACUGCGGCUCCGGCGAGGUCGAGUGCCGCGGGGCGGGGGCGUCCCCGCCCGCCACGCUCGCCGAGUUCACCCUCGACGGCGCCGGCGGCAAGGACUUCUACGACGUCAGCCUCGUCGACGGGUACAACCUGCCCAUGCUCGUCCAGGCCGCCGCGCCGGACUGCCCCGACACCGGCUGCCUCGUCGACCUCAAUGAGCGGUGCCCCGACGAGCUCCGCGCCGACGACGGGCGCGCGUGCCGCAGCGCCUGCGAGGCGUUCGGGAGCCCCGAGUACUGCUGCAACGGCGCCUACGGCAACCCCAACACCUGCCACCCCUCCCAGUACUCGCAGCUCUUCAAGUCGGCGUGCCCCAAGUCCUACAGCUACGCCUACGACGACGCCACCUCCACCUUCACCUGCAACCACACCGACUACACCAUCACCUUCUGCCCCAAAUCCACUCCGUCCAGGUGCUCACCUCUUGCCCAAAUUUUCAAUCAUCCAGCUCGUUCAGUGUUCACUUUCAACUGCAACUUCGAGCUUCAGAUUUCAACAUUAUGCUUGUAUGAGAUAGAUUGCUUACUUGAGAAAGCGAUAAAUCCAAACACUCAUCGCGGAGGCCGAGCCAUGAGCAGCUUGAAGAUUCGGUUUGGCUUGCUUCCCUGAAAAAAAGUGACGCCGGUGCUCUGGCAGUGGCUUCAUGGUCGGCGUCCAUUGUGAUCCAAUCCGCCCUGGCAAUUGCUGUGGUGAUCACACUUGUUGCAUUGGAGCAACCUCUGUUCAGCUUGCUAUGAUUCUGCAAGGUUGCAGUUCUUGAUCCAAGCUUUUUUUCAGACUGAAAGUGGAUUAGAGAGUAGUGAUGAGCAAUGGGGAGAGAAUAUUGUGUAGGCUUUUUGUUUGUGGAUAGGUGCUAGAGAAGGAAUUAUGAGUUACAAGUUGGCAAUUGCAGUUCCAUAAAUGCAUUGCAUUGGUUCAUUA